CUAUUUCCCCCUUUUCUAACACUCCCCAACUUCCUCUUCCCUCUUCAUUUCCCUCUCUCUUUCCUUCUCUCUCUCUAAUGGCUCCCGCCGCUAAGACCGUCUGUGUAAUGGACGCUUCCAGCGGCGUUGGCUCGGCGCUGGUGGCAGCGCUGUUGCAGAGAGGCUACACCGUCCACGCUUCCGUCCAGAAUCACGAUGAUCUGCAGUGUGUGAAAGGAAACGCGAACAAAUUGAAGGUUUUCCGUUCGGAUCUGUUGGAUUAUCAUAGCAUUAUGAUCGCUCUUAAAGGAUGCUCCGCUUUGUUCUAUUCAUUUCAACCUCCUCCUGAUCAUUCCACCUAUGAUGAAUUAAUGGUGGAAGUUGAAGUAAGAGCAGCUCAUAAUGUUCUGGAAGCAUGUGCCCAAACGGACACCAUGGAGAAAGUUAUUUUUACUUCCUCCGUUACUGCGGUAAUUUGGCGUGACGGCCUCAAAACGACGUCGUCCGACGUCGACGAACGCCACUGGAGCGACGUUAAUCUCUGCAAGAAGUUCAAACUGUGGCACGCUCUAUCGAAAACCCUAGCGGAGAAAACAGCGUGGGCCCUAGCAAUGGAUCGUGGGGUGAAUAUGGUGUCAAUAAAUGGAGGGCUGGUGAUGGGCCACGAUCUGACGAUCAAUAACCCGUAUUUGAAAGGAGCGGCUGAGAUGUAUGAAGAUGGGCUGUUGGUGACCGUCGAUCUUAAGUUCAUGGUUGAUGCUCAUAUAUGCGUGUUUGAAGAUGUCUCAUCCUACGGUCGAUAUUUGUGCUUCAAUAAUAUCAUUAAUUCUCAUAAGGAAGCUCUUAGAUUAGCCCACAUGCUAUUGCCGCCCUCUUCCGAAGCUUUCUCGCCUCCCAGUUUGGAGGACUCUGUUGUAUAUCAACAAGGAAUAAGCAACAAGAAACUUAACAAAUUGAUGGUGAAUUUUGAAAGUGGGGAUUCAUGUUGACAAAAAAAACCUGCCCAACAAAAUUAAUUAGAUUUCCCCAAUUUUUAUUUAUUUUAUUUGUGCAUUAUUAGGCCCAUUUUGUUGCCCCAUUAUAAUGUAAAUGGGGUCUUUCUUUUUAUUAUUUUUUUAACUAAUUUUUGGAAAUUAUAUUUAAGGACCUAUAGUUUUGUUUAAAAUAUUAGCUUUAAACAUAAUUAAAGGCCUAAUCUUGUUAAAGUCUUUGGCAAUAUCUAAAUUAAAGGCUAGGAAGCAAAUCUUCCAUUUUUAUAUUUGUCCAUCCCAUGUUUAUGAUGGAUAAUGGUAUCAAAUAAUUUGCCUUGUAUAUCCUCCUUGAAAUGUUGAUAUAUAUAUACACCAAA